GGUUGACGAGACCGCGUGAAAUUUGUGUAUCACAGAAAAAGAGAAUUACUUGCUUUUUCUUCUGUAUUGCAUUUUUCUUUCGCAAUUAGGGCAAACGUAAUUGCAUUUCGAUUGAAUGCUAUGCUGGAAACAAUAGUUUAUAUAAUAAAUCGAUUUGGAUUGUAGAAUUUUGACUAAUAAACACGAGCGUUUUGUUUGUUUGUAUAACAAAUUCACCAUAUAUAAAUUUCAAACAAUCAUAACUGUCAAAAAAAAAACUUUCCAUCAGAUGACUUCAACUGCUGUGUGUAUCAUAUUGAGAUGGUAUUCGUUUAAUAUUGUUGUCUCCGUAUUUUGAAAUAACAAAAAAAAAAUUACUUGUGAACUCAAAGCACAGCGGAGGUAAACGGAAUAUUCAACAGAAAAAUUUAUGAUUGAACGGAGGUUGAGAAAAAAAAUUUGAUAUUCUUAGAGGAUCUGUGUGAUCGCGAAGGAGGAUCGUAAAUUGAAUCGCGUCUAAUUUUUCACUCGCCAAUUAACUAUUGUAGACAAAAAAAAUUCAAAUUGACUGUGUACCACUAAAAUCGCAUACAUUAUAAAUACAUUGUGACUACGACACUCAUACAUGAAUAAUCAAAUCGCUUGUGAAUAAUUGAUCAAUACUCUUAAACUAAGUAUAAGCGAUAAUUGAAAUUUAAAAAUCAACGGUAUUUUCAUUAAUCACGCACCGAAUUUUCAACGAAUUUUUUUAACGUUACGUCAAAUAAAUGUUGAUUUUGUCCAAAUAUUAAGCAUAAAUUAAAUGUAACGAUUUAUUUAACGAUAAAUACACUUGAAAUUUAAAGCAAAAUAAACUAAUUUGUCUGAAUUCGUUGACUGUGUAAAAUAAAUACAAAGAACACGUGGAAAAUUAAAAUUGACAAAGUGUAUGUGUGUUUGAUUGAGAAAAGAGACACACUGAGAAAUGGAUUUCGAAACAUCAUGCUGGUCUGAUGCUGGUCCACUCAUCAAUGGUGGUGGCCAAACGUUCUACAAUUACGAUAAUCCAGUGCAAAGACGCCCGAAAAUUGACUACUUCGAUAGUUCAUCAAUACAACCAAUUGUAUCGCAUAUUUCAUCGAAUGGAUAUUAUGGAUAUUGUCCAACACCGAACAUACCUUGUUUAAACGAGCGUGCAUCCGAUGACAAUCAAAAAGCUACAGCCGAUGAUAUCAAUGGCUCCGGUAGACCAAAUGUAAUGUCGAUGGAAUCGACAAUUACAGAACAAACACAGCAUCAAGGUCGUUCGAUGUUCGUAAAUCGAAAGCGUGCCGUUCAAAGUGUCACUAAUAAUGAAUGUGCCGAACAGGACGCCAAACGACGACGAAGUCAUUUGUCAGUCAUUGAUUAUGACGAAGACAUGCAAAUCAGCUACGAUGAUAACGAGGACGUUUUAAUCGAUCCAUCGAAUAUCGCAUCCAAUAAAUUACGAUUUGACCAAUUUUGCGUAUACAUUAACGAAAAUACAGUUGAAAUGGGACACAAUUUGAAUGAAACACAUCAAACCGAAUCAAAAAUAAAGCUCAACAUUCUGACUGACCCGAACAGCAAUGCUGCUACGAAUACUGACGACGAUGAUGAUCAUUUAACAUCGACUAAAGAGAGCAUCACAAAUGACAUGGAAAAUUUGUACUGGCAUACACAUGGUUCUUAUACAUAUGGUGCUUUGGCAGCGCUAACAAAUACAUGAUUGUGUGUGACAUCAUUUUCUUUCUUCAAAUUUUCCGGCUGAAAUCCUAUGAUUUAGUUAAUUAAAAAAUCGUACUUAUUAAGGAUAUUUUGGAUAGAAAUUUGAAAACACUGCGUCAAAUAUUCGGAUUUUCCGAAAUAUAUAUAUUUUUUUAAAAUAAAAAAAAAACGAAAUGAUUUUUACAUUAAUUUUUAAUUA